UGUUCACUUCGCCACUCUAUCUGAUCCAAAGACGAGCUAAAGAUCUUUUAUAAACGCUCACCAGUAUUGCAAUGUUGAGUUAUGGAGUCCUCACCCCUGAUGCCGCAAGGCGCUGAACACGAUUGCCUUUCGCCAGCUACUAGACAGCAAGGUGUACCUGAUAACCAGAAAGAAGCACGCCUUUCGUCGAAACACAUGGCAACUGGAUCAAUUCGAAGCACAUCCGAUGCCUUGUCUACUCGAGAAGGCGAUAGGAAAGAUCGCACAGAGGACGCCCGCAAGCUCCAGCGGCUCCCACUUACAUUAUGGUUGACAGUGACAUACGCCAUCCUGUCAAUUUUCGCCUGGACGAUCAACUGCACCCUUGUUCGCAAACCUCUCAACGCGUCCCAUUAUGGAUUGUACCUUAGAGAUGGCGACGUGUACGGCUAUCGCUACCCCACUCACUCUAUUUACACGUUCAAUGAGCGAAUUCUACAGGUUGCACGGGUCGUUCAAGCUAUCGUUGCGGUUUCCACUGUCCCUCUGACGUCUGCGGUCUGCUCUACUGCCGCCGUAACAUUCAUGCAACGAGAGCAUCGGAAUCACAAUUUAUCGUUGCGCAAGACAAUGGUCCUCGCUGACAAGGGUUGGGCCGAUUUCGAGGUUUAUCUGCACCUCUUACGCGGUAGGCUAAGUUCCUAUGGCUCGAGUCUGCUAUACCUCGCGAUCCUACUCAUCGCCUUGGGUGCCUCGCUCUCGCCUCUACAGUCCGUCUUCUUGACUUCCAAGACUGUGCAAACUCCGGUCAGCCUUGCUUCUCUUGGGAAAAUUACCGAUCUCAUCGACCUUUUCGAUGAGGGAUCAUUUUACAACCAACUUACCCCCGCUGAGUUACGGUCCGCUCUCACGUCUACAACAAGUACGGAUCCCCAAACGAGGCUGUGGACUGCUGACGGAGCGCUGAAUUGCACUGGUAGCGUCGGGAACAACAACACGGCAUGUGCAUUUGGCCAAGUCUCUCUGGCCAACAUGUCGCAACUCCAUGAUUCCUUCAUCGCUCAGUUGCCCGCAGGUUUCAGCACUGGUCUCGUGCGACAAUUUAUCCCUCGCAUCAACUCCUCAAUCUCAAGAGAACGAAUUCCUGCGGCAGCGUUUCCGGCUCAUUGCGAGCGUUCAGGCAACUCAUUCUUCGCCAGUUACGCUGGAACAUGGGAGUCUGGUUACGUGAAUGGCUCUCUAGCCGCCAGCUCUUGGGGAGUGGUCGCCUGUAUGCCCACCGACCAGAGCAAAUCUUUGUGGAACAAGACACGAAAUAGACAAACUAUCUCUGAACAGCUGUACCUCAAUCUUACUGCUCUAAGUUCAAACCCAUACAAACAGUGGUGGUCGGAGGAUCAGUGGAGUGGCCUUUUCAGGAUCACACUUAACACGACUUCUGGAUACUUUGAACUGCCAAAUAUAAUGAACGGCGGGCUACCGGGUCCCCUUUUAAAAAAUGGUCCCGAAGCUCACUGUGGUCGUGACUGUGUCAUACAGAGCGACUUGAGAGGUCAAGAGAUCUAUGAUCGGAACAAUACUCUACGCAUAAGAGAAGAGAGUCAAGAAAGCAACGGAACCUCCAUAGUUGACGACGGCGCUUUCGCUCUAUUUAACGGAAUGAACAAAGGGCCACUCCUCACAAUCGCUCUGGCCCUAUUUGGCACAGGCUCUUGGAUAGCGGACCGGACGCAGCAUCCUGACUUCUACGUGAACCAGAAUGUCACAUCCCGAACCUAUGCAUGCACCGAACGAGUACCAUUCGCUGGGCUUUUGGCCUCCAUGGAUGCUGACUCUGCGACCAUCGCCAGUGACUACGACAACAUGGUCGGCUGUGUGUCCAACAAUAACAUGCAUUCCGAUUACUUACAGGAGAACAUAUUUGACUAUGUCCAGAUGCAUAUUGGUCCGAUAACCGGCAGAGACGGUCGCGGUCCGACAUACGAGGCAAAACUGAACAACGCAUGGGAAGCGGCUGCUUUCUUGGCAAACGAGCGCUGGUUGAAGUCUGGACAACGUGCUACAUUGACUGUCAACUACGAUCCCGGAGCCCCAAUCCAGAUUCCACAUAUCUCGACAGCAGGCAUGAUUCUCAUCUCUGUGCUCUUAAGCAUAUACCUGGUGUCUCUACUUGCCAUGGCGGUGUACGGCAACUGGAAUCCACAUUGGACAAGUCGCCUUGAUGCAUUCACCAUGAUGCAGCUGGGUGCUGCUAUCUCGGAGCAUCUACCACUACAGCUGGCGAAUAAUACUCACAUAAUACGGAUACUCGAUGAGGUUCCUGGCUGGGUCGGUGAUAGCUCAGAGCAACCAGAGGAUGACACAGCCGUGGGCAAGAUCGGACUGGGUGCGAGCGGCGCUCUGCGGGCGGGAAAACGAUACAAAUGCUACACCAGUAAUGAUAGACGGACACAAAAUCUCUCUGCCGCUCCGGCCAACGCCACGGCUACGCAUAAGAAUAUGACCACGGCGGAUCUCAUCGCGGAGAAGAAGAAGGAGUGGGAAAAGGCGCGAAGUGACGCAGAGUCGCUAAUCGAUGAGAUUGCUGAGAGUGACGACAAGGAGCUGGACGAGCUGUUGGGCGAUCUGGGAGAGAUUGAGGGGGGUAGGGGAAAGGAGCGGGACGAGCUCUGA